UGUAGAGCUCAGACGGAGAACUGAAGCAAACUGAGGCAGAGGAAAUGGCCACUCUACCAGUCAGCGUGCUAAUCACAGGAGCCAACAGAGGCCUGGGUCUGGAGAUGGUUAAGCAAAUGAUGGAGGCCCCCCAUCCAGUGAGAAAACUGUUUGCCUGUUGCAGGGACCCAGAUGGACCCAGGGCUGAGGCAUUGAAAACGCUGGCAAAGAAGCAUCCUAACAACAUCUUCAUCAUCCGUCUGGACGCCACUGACCUUUGUAGCAUAAAACAGUCUGCCCAGCAAGUGGGCGCUCUGCUGGGGACGGGAGGUCUCAACCUGCUGAUUAACAAUGCAGGGUUCCUGGCCAGAGGCACCCUGCAGGACACCAGUCCUGAGGACAUGCAGACCACCUUCAACAUCAAUGUCAUGGGCCCUAUGAACAUCAUUAAAGAGUUCCUGCCGCUCCUUCGUGCAGCGGCAAAGGCCAGUGAUAUGCCUGGGAUGUCCAGCUGCAAAGCUGCCGUCAUCAACAUCUCCUCCUAUCUGGGUUCAUUGGAGGCCGUAAAACACUCAUAUGCCGCCUUAGCUGCCAUCUCCUAUCGCAUCAGCAAGACAAGCUUGAACAUGCUGACACUUUGUGCUUCAGAGGAGCUGAAGAAGGACGAGAUCCUGUUUUCUGCGUUGCACCCUGGCUGGGUGCGCACCGACAUGGGUGGAGAGGAGGGGGAGAUUGAUGCUCCGGAGAGUGUGCAGGGGAUGCUUAGCGUGAUGGCCUCCCUGACUGAGAAGCAGAAUGGAGCCUUCCUGGAUUAUAAGGGCAAGUCCAUCCCCUGGUAGCUUCAAACAGCUGCUUUGUGCUU